GGGUAUUAUUCACAUUCAAAGGAAGGAGACUUUCUACAGUUAAAAUCCAUACCUUGUCUGCGAACCACUGGAAAGAUGGAAUCCCAGAAAUUACACAGUAAAGUUCCUGCGUCUGAGGUUGCAAACGAAUUUGUGAGGCAAUAUUACUCUGCUCUAAAACUCUGUCCAAAUGACUUAUAUAUGUUUUACAAGGAUUGCAGCACUAUCACCCGCCCGGAAUCCAAUGGUCAAACUAUACAAGUUAUAAAAGACAAGAUAGUGGCUCUGUACGAUGAGGCAAAUGAGGCAAAAAUAAGUACUGUGGACUCUCACGAAGCGCCCAACGAAUCUUAUAUUAUCCUGGUGACUGGGGUCAUGUUAGGGCACAAUAAAAUGGAAAGAAAAUUUGUACAGUCUUUCUUCUUAGCACCACAGGAGACAGGCCAUUUCAUUUUAGCUGAUCUAUUUAGGUAUUUGGAAGAACCCCAAUAUUCGGAUCAAAAAAUUAUGUUGGAUAACGAAAUCUCUGAUAAGCCUUUGCAUGAAGGCAAAGAAGUCGCUUCUUCUAUCUUGGAUGCACAGCCUUGUUUUAUCUUUCCUCAUGUAUCUAGUGCAACAGAGUUAGUUCCUGCACAAGAAGUAGGAGAAUUUGAAUCGCAGCAUUCUACAGUGGAAGAAGAAGAGGGUACUAAAGCAGAGCUAGUUCCUGGACAAGAAUCACAAGGAUCUGAAUCAAAACCCUCUAAUUUGGAGAAAGAACGAGCUACAGAGGAUGUUCAGAAUGAGAAACUUACCGCAGAAGGGCUGAUUCCUGGACAAGAAUUACAAGGAUUUGAAUCACAACUUUCUAAAUUGGAAGAAGUACAGGCUACUGAGCCAGUUCAGAAUGAACAGCUUACUGUUGCAGAGUUAGUCCAUUCAUUACAAGGAUUUGAAGCACAGGGUUCUAAAUUGGAAGAACAGGGUACUAAAGCUCUUCAGAAUGAAAAACAGCUCAAAUCUGGUGAAAAAACAAUUUCAGCAUCCGAAGAAACAGCAAAGAGGAGCUUCUUAUCAGUUCUAUUGAAAAAGAACGUACAUCCUCUUCAAGCACAAAAUGUUGUGGUGAAAUUUGCAAUAAAUACUAGACAGAAAGGAAAUGUGCCAUCACAAGUACAAACCACUGUAGAAGCCCCAGUGAAUGAGAAUUCAAUUCAUAUCAGAAAUUUGCCCUGGGAUAUUACAACUUCCUUGCUUGAAAAGGAGUUUGAAAAAUUUGGUUCUAUAAAGCCCAGUGGAAUUCAAAUUAGAAGCAACAAGGAACGAGGCUUUUGUUAUGGUUUCAUUGAGUUCCAGACAUCAACUUCUAUGGAGAUUGCCAUUAAGGCAUCUCCAAUUAUCAUCUCCGGGCGUCAUGUAUAUGUUGAAAAGGAAAGGCCAUCUCGCAUUAGAGCAUCUACAGUUCAAAAUCCACCAUCAAAGGAGAAUAUUCUAAAUAAGCUAAAGAGAGGAGGUGUUGGCAAUGGACAAAGUGGCUAUGCAAGAUCUGCACCCAGAAAUUUCUAGUGUGUGUUUCAAAGCUUGAAAUAUAUGAAAGAGAUUGAUAUUUUCUUUAUCCAAAUUCGACAUUAAUAGUGA